AUGGCUACGACCCGGAAACAGUUCGAAGUUGAUCCAGACCUUUUUUCAAAGGUCAUCACUGGUGACGAAAGCUGGUGCUAUGGCUACGACCCGGAAACGAAGCAGCAAUCAAAUCAGUGGAAGGAUCCAACGAACGUCACCACGACCCAAAAAAGCGCGUCAAAUAAUUCCUUCUUUCCUUCUAUUUCAUUACGUGUUCUUUCUUACGUUUUUCUUCAUUGCAUUUAUUUAUUAAUAACUUUUCUUUUCUUUCUUUCUUUCUUUCUUUCUUCGAUUCAUUUGCUUUCUCUUCUUUCGUUCUUUCCUUCUUUGUUUCAUGUAAUCAUUUACUCUUCUUUCUUUCUUUCUUUCUUUCUUUCUUUUUUCUUUUUUUCUUUCGUGUAUUCGUUUCCUCUUGUUUCUUUCUUUCUUUCUUUCUUUCUAGACGUUAAACACUUACUUUCUUUUUUCUUUCUUUUCUUUCUUUCUUUCUUUCUUUCUUUCUUUCUUUCUUUCUUUUUUCUUUUCUUUCUUUUCCCUUCUUCCAUUCAUUUAUUCAUACCCUCAUUUUGCCUUUCACUAUCCCUUUCUCUAUCUUGUCAUUCAUUCUUUCUUUCUUUGUCUCUCACAUUUGCUCUUUCUUCUUUCUUUCUUUCUUUCUUUCUUCGAUUCAUUUGCUUACUCUUCUUUCCUUCUUUGUUUCAUGUAAUCAUUUACUCUUCUUUCUUUCUUUCUUUCUUUUUUUCUUUCUUUCUUUUUUCUUUCGUGUAUUCGUUUCCUCUUGUUUCUUUCUUUCUUUCUUUUUUUUCUUUCUUUCUUUCUUUCUUGUAUUCGUUUACCUUCUUUCUUUCUUUCUUUCUUUCUUUCUUUCUUUCUUUCUUUCUUUCUUUCUCCCAUUAUUCAUUCAAUCUCUCUUUCUUUCUUUCUUUCUUUCUUUCUUUCUUUCUUUCUUUCUUUCAUCUUAAUAAUUCUUUCUUUCUAAGUUACACCUAUUUUCAAUAUGUCCUUUUUGUUUUUUUUUUAUUAUUUGUUUCUUUUUUCUUUCUACCAAUAAUUCUUUUUUGCCUCAAUUACACUUUUUUUUAA